AUGGUAGCGCGUCAAGACGAGACAAUAAGCAGUGGCCAUGCGGUUCUGCCCUGGCCGCCUGCGGCUGAUUGUCAUGCCAUACCCGAAAGUGCCCGUGUGGGACAACGCGGUAUUACCUGCCGUCAGUUCCAAGAGCUGACGCGGUUCAUCAAGCGUCUUUGUCGUACGGGGCUGUUACGGUAUACGAGUACCUAUAAUACUACCAAGGAGGGCGAACGAAUGCUCUGGACCGAGAUUACCAUGUUCCAUGUCUGUUACAAUGUCAUCAAACCGGUUAUGGAACACUUGGGACAAGAGUUGGCCUGGAGUACAUUGGUCAAUCAGGGCCGUGAGCAAAUGCCCAAGAUUUUCAUUAGCCACAGCUGGGAAGAGCACUUUGUGGACUUUUGUUCUACCUUUCAGCAUGUCAAACUGGAUCGCGGAUUGACUGCCACGGAUGUCGUGUGGAUCUGUACAUUUGCCAAUAAUCAGUUCCGGCUGGAUCUAGGAGCUCGUCUCAGCCAAUCUCCCUUUUAUGGAGCCCUGGAAUAUGUAAAUCAUGUGGCUUUGUUUUUGGAUCAUACAGCAUCGGCAUUGUCGAGAAGUUGGUGCAACUUUGAAUUGGCCAUUACCACGGACAAUCCUGAGAACCGGCAAAGAUGGAAGAUUCGAAAAGAGAUUGCCAAGGAACAAAACUGCACUGUCUUUCAAGUAGAUUGGUCGGAAGUGGACAUUCGAAUACUACAACUAGGCAGAAUGAACGAUUCAUCAAGACACCAACAAGAAGAAGAAGACGGCUCGGACAAUAAGAGUCAGCGUCAACUGCUCCUGGUUACACCCGCCGGCAUGGUGGGAACCCAAAGGGUAACAUCAGGACCCGUGCUCAAGGCACUUGCUACUCUCAAGUCAGCUCGGGCAGAAGCUUUUCAUGAUGCGGAUAGACGUCGCAUCAUGAAUCACAUUGCCUACAACUACCUUGCCGACAAGGAGGAACAAUCUCCAGCCGAAGAUCAGAAAACAGAAUGCAUUCAAGAACAUGAAGGUGAACACGAAUUGAUUGGCUUGGAAAAACAAAAUGGAAAACUGGUUCUUUCCAGUGGACUAGAAAGUUCCGACCGUCGGCGGCUUAACGGGAAACCAGACUACGUGCACGAAUACAACCUUACCAGCAGAGGCGAGCAAGCAGAGAGGUUUAAGAUGCUGGAUGAGAGCAUCUUUGUAGAGUGCAGCAAGGCACUGGAACGGCGAGGCGCACCGCCUCCCAAGGGUUUCUUUUGCCGGCAUCAGAAUGAAAAGAAUGGCAAUGGAUUAACCAAAGUGGCAACCAGAGACUUUCGGAAAUGGGAGAGUGGUCUGACACUUUGUCAAAUCCGAAGCCUUGAGGUACUGCUGAGGGCAGCUUUCGAGCAGUCGAAGAUUGUCGUCGAUGGAAAAGAACUUGAGUGGAAAGAUUGCACCAGCCGGCACCUUUUUUCAACCGAAGUACAAAAGGAAGCAAUUGAUGGAAACCAUCAUUGGGAGGGACUUGCUGCUGCCUUUAUGCCCCAAAACGCAACGUAUGCCGAAUGCGUCAAUCAACACCCAACGAUUCCGGAAUUCUAUGUCAUCAAUUCGUGGGAAACGGCGCUUGUGGACGUCUUCAAAGCUAUAGAAUGGCAUGCUGAAGCACUUGGACUAUCAGAUCGGACAAUCUACUAUAUCCAUGGCUUUAGUCUGCUCAGCGUAGAAGACGAUCCUGGUGAAGCCAGACUCGGUUACACCGAAGACAUUAUGCCUUUCACCACGGAGGGCGUCCUCUUGCUUGCCAAUGAACGCUUGAGCAAACGGUGGAGUGAGGACAGAGCAAAACAAUCCUUGUGGUGCUUUUAUGAGCUAUGGUCUGCAGACCAGUUCGGGUUGCCUUGGGACAUUGCUUGCAGCUCUGGAAUUUUGGCUACCACCCGGCCCUUUGCUAACUCCAAGUGGGAAGUGGGAACCUUUAACCCGAAGAUUGCCGAGAACUUGGCAAGGAUGAGCUUUGACGCAGAGAUGGCUUGGGCUCAUUCACAAGAUCGUGCUAUGAUUCUUGAUCGCAUACAAUCUUCCCCCGGCGGCAUUCCAAAAUUCAACGAGACGGUGACGGCGCGGUUGUCAAUGCGAAUGCUGGCGCCCUAUAUGCGACACGCUGCUUACAUGGACAAUGGCAUGGCCUCGCUGGAAGCACUCAACGAAGCUUUGAGAUUGCUGGCAAAACACCGUUGCAAAUUCUAUCUCAAUUUACUGACAUUCCGGGGUGGCUUUGGGGAGAGUCCACUUCACAUUUUGGCUGCGAGACGGGAUCUUGGCAAACCAGGCUUCUCCGAUGGUCAUGCAACAAUGCUGGCGCUGAUACAUGCUGGGUUUAACGUCAAUGAUCAAUGCGACGAGGGCGAGACGCCCCUACAUUGGGCGGCGUUUGCAGGUGCAGAAUGGACGACAACAUUCCUUUUGAGACACGGGGCCAACCCCAUGAUCGCCAGCUUCACCGGUGAGCUGCCAUUGCAAGUAGCACAAGCACGUCCUGCCGAGUUUCUACACAAGGACGCGUCGCGUAGCUUGGAGAUGAUGUUGCAAGCCGCCAUGCUUCCGUGGCAGAACAAAUAA